CCUCAAUCGGGCAAAGGGCAUUUGUGGACUCUAGAAUGUAUUGGGGUCGUAGGUUGUAAUGUGCUUAAAACUAUUUUAAAAAUCUAAAUUUUUAAAAAUAAAAUACUUUUAUAUUCUUUGUAAACAUUUUAGUUUGUGUUUUAGUGAGAUGUAUAUGGUAGAAUGUUUUUUGAAAAGAGAACACCAGGAACACUAUUGUGUAAUUCAUGGCCAGACGGAUAGGGGAGCUGUUAGAGAAUCUCACCUUUUAGAUUACUUCUUCUGGCUUUAAGAUUAGCUUAAUGAGGCUUAAAGAUAGGGAAAGGAAAAUAGGACACAGGAGAAGACUCACUCUCUCGGGAUGGACCUGUCUAAGCUGCCCAAGAUUCGUGAUGAGGAUCGGGAGUCUGAGUUUGGAUAUGUGCAUGGAGUCUCCGGGCCUGUGGUGACUGCCACGGCUAUGGCGGGAGCAGCUAUGUACGAGCUGGUGCGUGUGGGCCACAGUGAGCUGGUCGGGGAGAUCAUCCGAUUGGAGGGCGACAUGGCAACCAUCCAGGUGUAUGAGGAGACAUCGGGUGUGUCUGUUGGGGACCCUGUCCUCCGUACUGGGAAGCCCCUCUCUGUUGAACUGGGCCCGGGGAUUAUGGGGUCCAUCUUUGAUGGUAUCCAGCGUCCACUGAAAGACAUCAACACCCUGACCCAGAGUAUCUACAUCCCCAGGGGAAUCAACAUCGGGUCUCUGAGCCGAGACUCCAAGUGGGAGUUUAACCCUUCCAAAAACCUGCGAGUCGGAAGCCAUAUCACAGGAGGCGAUAUCUAUGGCAUGGUCUAUGAAAACUCCCUCAUCAAUCACAAGCUCAUGCUGCCACCACGGAACAGGGGCACGGUUACAUACGUGGCACCUCCUGGGAACUAUGACGUCUCGGAUGUGGUGCUGGAGCUGGAGUUCGAGAGCGUGAAGGAGAAGUUCACCAUGAUCCAGGUGUGGCCCGUGCGACAGGUGCGCCCCGUCACCGAGAAGCUGCCCGCCAAUCAUCCGCUUCUGACCGGUCAGAGGGUGCUGGAUGCCCUUUUCCCGUGUGUGCAGGGGGGAACCACAGCCAUCCCAGGAGCCUUCGGCUGUGGCAAAACUGUCAUCUCCCAGUCCCUGUCCAAAUACUCCAACAGUGACGUCAUCAUCUACGUAGGCUGUGGAGAACGUGGUAACGAGAUGUCAGAAGUACUGCGAGAUUUCCCUGAGCUGACCAUGGAGGUGGGCGGGAAGACAGAGAGCAUCAUGAAGAGAACGGCUCUGGUGGCUAACACCUCCAACAUGCCUGUGGCUGCUCGUGAAGCUUCUAUUUACACCGGAAUCACUCUGUCUGAAUACUUCAGAGACAUGGGUUACCACGUCAGUAUGAUGGCCGACUCUACCUCUCGUUGGGCUGAGGCUCUUAGGGAGAUCUCUGGGCGAUUGGCUGAGAUGCCAGCUGACAGCGGUUACCCUGCCUACCUGGGUGCCCGUCUGGCCUCUUUCUAUGAGCGUGCCGGCCGUGUGAAGUGCUUGGGCAACCCUGAGAGAGAGGGCAGUGUCAGCAUUGUCGGGGCUGUGUCGCCUCCCGGUGGUGACUUCUCAGAUCCUGUGACUUCUGCCACCCUGGGUAUUGUGCAGGUGUUCUGGGGUUUGGAUAAGAAGCUGGCUCAGAGAAAGCACUUCCCCUCUGUCAACUGGCUGAUCAGUUACAGCAAGUACACACGCGCUCUCGAUGAGCAUUACGACAAACACUUCCCUGAGUUUGUGCCUCUCCGCACCAAGGCCAAGGAGAUCCUGCAGGAGGAGGAGGAUCUGGCCGAGAUUGUGCAGCUCGUCGGCAAGGCCUCACUGGCUGAGACCGAUAAAAUCACCCUGGAGGUAGCCAAGCUGAUCAAGGAUGACUUCCUGCAACAGAACGGUUACACCCCCUAUGACAGGUUUUGCCCCUUCUACAAGACGGUGGGCAUCCUGUCCAACAUGAUCGCCUUCUAUGACAUGGCGCGCCACGCCGUAGAGACCACUGCCCAGAGCGACAACAAAAUCACCUGGUCCAUGAUCCGCGAGCACAUGGGCGAGAUUCUCUACAGAAUGAGCUCCAUGAAGUUCAAGGACCCUGUGAAGGAAGGAGAGGCCAAGAUCAAGGCUGACUACGCCCAGCUGCACGAGGACAUGCAGAAUGCCUUCCGCACCCUGGAGGAAUGAGUGCUGACAUCUCCCCUUUGACCCCUGACCCCCUGGGCAGUGCAUUACCUCUCCCUUCUCCCCCAUAUCCCUAUUCUGUGUCUGCUUUCUCUCUCUCUGCAGUGGACUUUCUGUUGCAGUGUCACACAUUCCACCGCUUACGCGUUUCCAAUCUUGUGUUUGUGUGAUCCUCACCAAAUAAAUGUGUCUCUCUUUCCCGCAUGGGCCAAUACCUUUUCUUCCCUGAGUGUCUGAAAGGGUGUUUGUGGUUUUGUGAAUGUGUGUGUGUGUUGAUGUGUUUUGUGUGACUGUGAAGUCGCCUCCCUAAGUUUCACCUGCACUGCCCUCCUUCUCCAUCACCUCCCAGCCCCAGAACACCUACUUGUUUGUUUACUACAACUCUCUCUCUCCCCCCCCAGUUGUAGUUUCACAAUUCAGUUGGUGUAAUUAUUUCUCAUUUCCUCCUCUCUGUACAGAAGAUUGAUAAACAUAAUUACGAAGCAGAGUGACUAUAUUUAUUGCAGGCUGUUUACGUGGAAGCUUGCAUUGUUUUGUUUUUUGUUUUUGUUUUCUUUCUUAUGACUGUGUUCUAAACGUGUUUGUCCAGUGUACUUGUUGUGAGUGGAAAACUGUUUCUCUUCUCAACACUGCUCAUGUACCAGAUGUUUCAGUCCCAAAGAAUAAAAUGUGGACAACAAAGAAA